AGAUGCUCCUGAUGCCGGAUGCGGGCGUCCGCACGGGCGGGCCCGGAUGGAUGCGCUGCUGCAGCCGCCGCCGCCGCCACUGACCCAGAUAACCCGCUGCGCUCCGGGGAUGUAACGUCCAUCUCUGACGAGGCAGCAAUCAGGAGUAAAGCUGAAGGACGGACGGACGGACGGACGGACGGACGGUCGGUCGGAGGGAAGGAAGGAAGAAAAGGGAAGGGAAGCGGGCCGACCCGUGGCGGAGGCUCUGGCAGACGGUGACGCUGCGACAGAACUUCUCCGGCCGACCGGGAUGGAGGAGAGCGCGCCAAGCCUCCUGCAGAACCAGGACUCAUCGGAGGGCCCCAAGGUGGACCCACUGGACCUGAUGAAAGCAUAUAAGGACAAACUCUUGGAGGAGAUGUGGAAGCAGCAGGACAGCCUGGAGGCUCCGGCGCCUUCACAAACAUCGCCGCAGGCUCCGGACGAGGACUCCGACGAAGGCGCUUCCGUGCUCCGGCGCCUCAGAGCUCUGGAGGCCGAGAACUCGGCUCUCUCCUUGGAAAACCGCAACCAGAGGAAGCAGUACGAACGUUGCCUAGAUGAGGUGGCCAACCAGGUGGUCCAGGCUCUCCUCGCUCAAAAGGACUUGAAAGAGGAAUGCGUCAAGCUGCGUACGCGUGUCUUUGACUUGGAGCAGCAGAACCGCCUCCUGAGCGUCUGCUUCCAACAGCGAGUCGGCACCGCGCCGAGUCCACCGCCGCCGCCGCUGUCCAGGAAAUCCAAAGGAAUGGAAACGUGUCGAUUGGCGCGGGGAGGUGGCCAUGUCUCUUGAGUCUAACGUGCCCACGUGGCAGCAGAGGCGGCGGCCGUCUGCCGUCGUCCGGUGCCGGAUCGCGCACGUGGGCGGAGGGGCGGGGCCCGUCCAAACAACAGCGCGCCGCCGGCUGGGACCCCGGGACCAGCGCCGGCCCCCUUGGCGCUCGUCCGGCAGACCUCCAGUGUCUUCGGAGCAGCGUCUCAAAGGAGAACUGCACGACUGCGUCCGACGAGGGCAUCUCCUUGC